AUUUCUAAAUUCUCAAAUUUUCAAAUUCCUAAAGUCCUAAAUGUCGUAAAUUUUCAAUUGCCAAUUUUCAAAGCUUCCCUUCCGAUGUUACCCGAAUUUUUCCGAACUCAAACCGAAGCUGGUACCCGAUAUACCGCGCAUGUAGCACGCACUGCGCAGAUCGAAAACUGACUUUUCGAGAGACACCCGAUAUAUGGACGCGCGUGCCCUAAGUUGUCUAUCGACCGACGUGCAAAUCUAACCAGCGCCCGUCUGACAUGGCGCCCAUGUAACUGAAAUCCAAAAUCAUUUUGUGUUGCAACUUUAGAAAAGACGAGCGUUGAGUUAAAAAAGUGAUAAUGGCAAUGUCGAAUCUUUAUUCCAAAAUAUCAACCAAGCCGAUGAAGCGCUUUCAAGACAACGUCACAGUCAAGCAGACUAAUCCGUGGUUAAACGCGGAAUCACCAAUUACUGUAUCAGAUUCACCACCUACAGUAAGCCCACUUUUUACUUCUUCCAUUGUAUUACAACGCGAGGGAACCAUAAAUCAGCCUCUUAGUGCACCUGCAUCACCUUUGUCUUCCUUAUCAUCUCCUAUAACUCAAUUAAAUUUGUCAUCACCCGAAGACUGUACACAAGAUCCUAAUUGGCAAGCGACAAAACCCACAGUUCGCGAACGAAAUGCUGCCAUGUUUAACAAUCAUUUAAUGGCUGAUAUUAUAUUCAUUGUUGGUAGUCCAGGUCAUACACAAACUAUACCAGCACAUAAGUAUGUUUUAGCUACUGGUAGUUCUGUAUUUUAUGCCAUGUUUUAUGGUGGAUUAGCUGAGAACAAAAGAGACAUAGAAGUACCCGACGUAGAGCCAGCUGCUUUUCUUGCCUUAUUAAGGUAUAUGUAUUGUGAUGAAGUACAGUUAGAAGCUGAUACAGUUUUGGCAACGCUGUAUGUUGCUAAAAAAUAUAUAGUCCCUCAUCUAGCAAGGGCAUGUGUUAAUUAUUUAGAAACAAGUUUAACAGCAAAGAAUGCAUGUUUAUUAUUAAGUCAAUCGCGUUUGUUUGAGGAACCAGAUCUCAUGCAACGUUGCUGGGAAGUUAUAGAUGCUCAAGCAGAAAUGGCAUUAAGAUCAGAUGGUUUUGUGGAUAUCGAUAUUCAUACUCUUGAAUCAGUUCUUUCUCGUGAAACAUUAAACUGUAAAGAAAUUCACAUAUGGGAUGCUGCAUUAAGAUGGGCUACUGCAGAAUGCAUCAGACAAGAACUUGAACCAUCAGCAACAAAUCAAAGACGAUUAUUAGGUUCUGCUUUAUAUUUAAUUAGACUUCCUGCUAUGAAUUUGGAAGAAUUUGCCAACAGUGCUGCUCAGACUGGAAUCCUAACACAACAAGAAACAAUUGACGUUUUCUUGCAUUUUACUGCUAGUAAUAAGCCUCAACUUUGUUUCCCUACUAAACCUCGACAGGGCUUAAAAACACAGGUGUGUCAUAGGUUUCAAUCAUGUGCAUAUAGAUCAAACCAAUGGCGUUACAGAGGCAGAUGUGAUUCGAUUCAAUUUAGUGUUGACAAAAGGAUUUUUGUUGUUGGUUUUGGGCUCUACGGAAGUUCAUCUGGUGCUGCGGAUUACAAUGUUAGAAUCGAACUUAAAAGAUUAGGAUGCGUUUUGUCUGAGAAUAGUACUAAAUUUUUCUCGGAUGGUUCGAGCAGUACAUUUCACGUGUAUUUUGAAAAUCCAAUUCAAAUAGAACCAGAAUACUUUUAUACAGCUAGCGUAAUAUUAGACGGAGGCGAGUUAAGUUACUUUGGACAAGAAGGCAUGUCAGAGAUCACAGUUGGUAACGUGAAUUUUCAGUUUCAAUGCAGUUCAGAAAGUACGAAUGGUACUGGUGUGCAAGGUGGGCAAAUACCUGAAUUAAUAUUUUAUGGGCCGCCAGUAGAUGACUGACGGAAAUUUAUGACAGAGAUAAUGGUUUAAAAUGGUGGUGUCCAAAAAUAUGUACCUUGAAAUUAUUCAAGGUUUUGUGUGAUUAUUGUUUUAAGUACUAUUUUUAAAUGAAUGACUAAAGUUGUGUAACAGGUGCACUCUUAAAUUUCAACAUGCAUUUUAAGUUUUGUAUAAUAUAUUUUAAUGGGUACAUUGUAAAAACAAGAUAUUACAAAUAAUUUCGUUUAAUUUGCUUUUUUAAAUCGUAAUUUUAAUUGUUAAAUUAUUAGAAGGGAUAUAACACGAUUAUUACAUUGCUUAAUUAUUACUCUAGUCCAAAGGUUAAUACCAAAUUUUCAGCGUUCCGAGAAUUUCAACACAAAUAAUUUCGUAAGAAUAUAUUUUCUUAAAAUAAAAAUAUAUAAAUGUGUAAAUGCAAAAAUUAAUAUUUGUUUUUAUACUACCGUAUUUUAAAAAUACAAUCUUAUAAAACAUUGUACUAUUAUGAGAAUAAGAAAUUAUAAAUUCUACUUAACAUAAAACUGAAAUUUAAAUAAAUAAAAUAAUACUUCUCUAGAAGAGUGCAUCUUUUAUCUUCUAAAAAAUAUUGAAAUUUUGUUUGAAAAAAGGUUAUUUUUUUUCACGUAACUUGAAUACAUGAAAAGUCAUUUGUAAAUAUACAAGUAAAGUUAUAUAAAAAUAUUUGUUAGUAUAUCUUAUGAAAAUGAAAAUGUAAAAAUAAUCUUUAAAAUAAUAGAAAACGAGAAAGUUAUAAGUGCUAUUUGAAAGAAUUACUAUCUUUAAAAUUACUGUUGAAUAAUUAUAUUUUAAAAAAGUAAAUGGAGAUCAUUAAUUUAAACAACAUUAUUAUGAUUAACUAAGUCUUCAAUUAAACACAUGUAUGAUCAAUACAUUACAAUCUUGUUUCGGAUAUAAGUAAUUUAAACUCGAAUCAAUAAUUCUUCAACUUAUAUUUUUAAAAAGCUUUAUCGUUUUGUCAAGUAAAAUAUACUAUUUCUGCUCCAAGUAAGAUUAAUUUUAAAGCAUUCAACAGCUCUUAAACAUUGUAAGUAAUUUUGCAAUGUAUUAUAAUUGAAACUGCCUAUUUAAUACAAUGCACAUUUUAUAUCUCAAUAU